UUAUAUUAUAUUAUAUUAUAUCACUGCCAUUUUACAUUAGUAUUCAAUAGUUUUUAUUUUAAACAGUUGUCAUAAUGCUGAAUUGCAUUCCACUCUUCUCACAUUACAGAUUCCAACUAUUCAAACAGUCUUUUUUUUAAUCAAAAGCUGUAUAUCAAUCAAGGGUAACCCCCAUUCCUUACUCACACGAGCCCUUUACUAUCGUGUUUUUUUUUUUUAUCUGAUUCGAAAUCACCCCGCUUCUUUUUCCUUCGUCAUACUUAAUUGUAGAAGUGCACUCUCAACCGACUGCUUCUUUGGUUUACUAUGUCCUUCAGUUUCUAUCUUCACUCCCACACAAGGCUGCAAAAAUGGUGCUGAUGCUUGCUUUUGUGCAUUAGUAUAAAAAAGAGUCUUUGAGAACACUUGGUGCAUAUGGUCUUCAGCAACCACUGAACUUUUGCUCUUCAUCAAUUUUCAGUAUUGUUUCACCAGAAUGGUAAGUGAGGCACAUUAGAUGCUUGUUAAUAAUGACUCUUUAGGAUUGUUGGAGUCAAUGAUAAUCUGAGAAGUAAAUGGCCUUCCCAGUUUGUUAUGUUCUCUUCAAUGGUUUAAUAUUUUUCCUCUGAUCCCUCAAGAGAUCAAUUUGCAUAUUCGGGCUCCUGCUCAUCAGCCUGGGGGGAGCAAUGGGAGCAAAUGGACUCAAAUACUUCCCAAAAAGAUUCACGGUGGGUACACCGCACGACUUAGUCACAUUGUCGUGCGAUGUCGCAUCCGAAGGUGAUGAAGUCACAUGGAAGUUUAGCGGUGAGGAAAUCGAUGAAGAUAACCCGUUCGAGAUGAAGAAGAUUGGUCCCAAUCUACUGCUCAAGGAUGUAGGCACGCCCAUGCUCGGAGAGUACACUUGCUGGAGCAGAGGGAAGAGCAUGUCCACUUAUCUCCUGCUGCAGGCUGAGGAGGAGGAGGAAUUCGAUUAUUUCCUCACCUGCCGUGCCAAUUCUUACAACUGCACUUUUAGCUGCACAUGGAACGACACUAAAUACAAACUUGUACGCCUUGGACUGGGGCCACAUUGCCGCGAAGGAGGCGACUUGUGCAGCUGGGUCAGCAGCACCAGUGACAAACAAGAUGGCAAACUCCACUUUGAGCUGCACCACUCGCUUUCACCUUACUCCGAAGAGAGCACCAUGCUAGAACUCACAGCCGAAGCCAUCGGAAAUGACACUUUCCUCAGGAGGAUCAAAAAAUUUUAUCUUCACGAUAUCAUUCAACCAGACAGUCCUCAAAUUGUCAAAUGUCAAGAAUUGGAACACUACUUAAGCGUGACCGUUCGACCUCCAUGCAGCUGGUCCAGCCCUGACAGCUUCUUCCCCCUAGAACACCAAGUGGAAUAUAGGCUCAGAGAUGAUGGACAGGUCAAAUGCUCCAAACCCUCCCAGCUACCCAAAAAGAUCAGCAGCCUGAGGGCCCGCUCCCGGGACCUGCUGGUCCAGUCGCGCUGGAGCAAGUGGUCUGAAUGGGCAAAUGUAAAGUGCUGUCUGCUGUCUUCUUCCAUCUGUCACGUGUCAGAAACGCAGUGAAAUGUAUACUGCUGUGAAACAUCAUGAUUUAACACUGACACUGUCGCUAAAACAAUGUAUUUAUUUAUUUAUUUAUUUAAAACCAGCCACCAAUUACUGAGCAGCUAGUGCUGCUAUUAUUUGAAGCUAGUGCAUCAGCCCCUCAAAUAAAUGUUUUUCUCUCUUUUACUCUUUCUUUUGUCUGUAUUCAUUUUGGUCAAUAUACACAGUCACUUACUAAUUUUCUGCAUUUUUUUCUUUUCUUUUUUUUGAGUUGUGAGCCAAAAUUUCAGUUUCAGAUACAAUGUUGUGAAAAAUGGGGUGAUUACGAUUAGGACAAGAAGAGCCACAGUCACAUAUACUUUCAGUCAUUUACAAAACAGGACAAAUUGUCAAGGCGACAAAUCCAAAAUGAGAGCAUUCACUCGGAGCUGCUGUCAGCCACAACUCGUACCAAGACACUCAUGCGCAGCUCCUGAUGUCAUAUUUAUUUCUUCAAGCUGUCGGUUUUUGUGUUUUAUUUUAUCAACUCAUUGCAGGUCCAACAAGGAAAAAUGAAGCUUCGUAAACCCAAGAAGACAGUCAUAUAUUGCUAUCCACAGAGGCAUUCGAUAUGUAGACGUCUGCCAGUGAAGAAGAACAGAACCCAGCAGCGUUGGAAAAAAAAUGGAACAUUGUAAAAACAUCUCUUCCUUUGAAAUAAUUUGAAAAUAUAGUGUUAACUAUGCAUCACUAGAUACGUCACUGAACCAUCAAUAAAGUUCUUGAGGCAUAUGUUCUGUAUUGCCAAGUUCUUGGGUAGCUUGGAAAGACAGAGACGAUCUUGUGGAAAAACACUCCAAAUUGUCGGUAGGUGUGAUUGUUCAGUGCAGGGUGGUUGAUUAUGUCCGAUGCGAUUGGCUGGCAACCAGUUCAGGGUGUACGUCG